AUGUCCUCUUCACUGCAGAACGCGUUUCCAGAUGCAGGCGGUGCGGUCUGCAGCACCUUCUUCAGCUCCGUCGACCUCUCUGAAAAGCUGUGGGCCGGCAUUGAGCGGCUAGCGGAGGCAGAUGAUCUCACCUUCUGGAUCGUCGUGGCGAACCACGACCGCCUGCCGGUGGUGUUGGUGAACGUGAUCACCGCCGUAGACCACGCCCACAGUUCUCACUCAAGGGCGCAGCGCAAAGCUGUGCCGCCAAACGGAGAGCAGCGCGUCAUUGAGAUUCUCAUUCGCCUCACGACCGGCACUGGUCUGUGCAUGCGCCGCCACGUCGACCCGGCAAGCCUAGCCACGCGGCUGAGUGUGCUCCUGCCGUGGAAGGUGCUCUUUCCCGUGUCGUUGCUGCUACUCCGCCACAGCGGCGCUGCCGCCUCCGUCACCGUCACCUCCCUGAUCCUUCUCAACCCUGGCUACCUCUGCACGCUCAACACGUUCAUGCCGACGUGGUGGGACGCCGUCAACCGAUUUGCCGUGCGGUGCGCGCGUGAGCUGCAGCGCGGCCGCUUCCAGCGCCAGCCUGGCGACAUCCUCUCCUCUUUUGAGCAGGUGUAUCGCAUUACCAAGCAGCUCUGGGCUGUGGUGCAGUGCGCCCCCUUCCUCUCAGACUACAUGUCCUUGCCGCGGACACUGCGGGCGUUGCGCGUCAUUGUCGACGUUCUCUCGCCCGUUCUGCAGCAUUUCAUCCUGGUCUGCGAUGAGCUCACGCCGCGGCGGCCAAUCCUGAGCCGUGCGAACUCCGUUAUCGUGAAUGCCGCGAUUAACACAUCGUCGGCGCUGCUCUUGUAUCACACCUACGCCACACAGGGGCCGCGUCGGCGGCAGGACGCGGACAGCUUUUGCGUUCCACAGCUGAUCAACCGCACCUACAGUCACUUGCGUGAGUACCUGCAUCAACACGGGCGAGGCUUUAUCGAGGAAACGCUGCAGGCGUACGGCAACGGGUCGCUCUUGGGCCUCAUUCACUUCUUGAACCCCCCAGCUCGCUUCGCUGACGACGCAGGCGAAAAGGCGCUUGGGCAGGUAAUGCUGGCGCUCACGAAGGACAUUUCGGACAGCAACGACUUCGCCGAGGCCGUCCGCGGCUCCCGGCAGCGAUUCUUUGAGCUGCUGCUGCUGGAGGUCGUGCGUCAGGGCAUGCACGUCGACGAUCUUCUCGCGCGCCACCUCGUGACGACCGAAGAGGCGUCAAAGCUGGGCGCCUCGGAGGACGCUGUGACGAGCGCGCUAGCCGGCCUCCCGGCAGACAACGCCGUCGCUGAAGCCGUCCCUGCGGACCCUAUCCCGGCGCCGUCGUCUCCACCGACGCCCACCGCAGCAGACAUUGUCGACGAUCCUCUCGUCGCCAUGGUCAUGGAGGUGUUCCCGCAGUUCAGCGCUGCUGGCGUUCGCACCGCCUUGAACUUCUACAGCAACGACGUGGAGCAAUUCAUCAUGGAUGCGAGUGUGGAGAACUUGCCACCGCACCUCGUCGGACCUUUGACGGCCUUUGGGCAGUCCGACGCGGAGCUGGCGGCAGCACUAGCGGCACAGGAGGCCGGGGUCGAGGACGCUGCUGCCCCCGUUACCAGCAUCCACGCAGCAAAGUCGCCGGCCGCUCGCGCCGACGCCUCGGCGCACUUGGCCCUACACGAUUUUGAUGACAACUUUGAGCCUGACAUGCUCUAUCGCCUUAUGGGUCGUGAUCUGUACGAGAUGCUGACGGAUUCCGACGGUGACGCCGGCUACGCCGACGGCGGCGCGAACGAUGACGAAGUGGAGGAUGAGACGGCGUACAAGAUCACCAUAAACGACCCCCAGUCUUACAUGUCGGACGCCUUCGACAUUGACGAGGAGAUGAAGAUGAGGAUUCGGGUGCUGAACGAGAUCAUGUACGAAGAUGAACUGGACGACGGUCAGCAAGAUGUUCACCUGGCAGGCGGGGACAUUAUCGACGGUACCUCCGACAGCGACGGUGACGACAAUGGUGGUGGCGGGCAACGAGGACGUGAACGUCGUCGUGGCGGCGGAGGCGCUGACAACUGUGCCCCCGGGCACCCAGAAACGGAGACAUGGGCGGCCGUUGAGGGCCAAGAGGCGGCCGCUGCAAGCGCAGCUUCAUCCCUGCAGCAGCGGGCACCUCGCGACGAGUACCACGACAAGCGCUACCAUGAGAAGCGCUCGAAAGAUCGCUUGGCGCGCACGAAGCAAAUCCAGUCAGCGCGGAACGAGCGGGUGCCUGCGUACGCCAACAAGAAGAAGACGUCAAAAGCAAAGGCUGGGGGAUCGAAGGGCUCUCUGCAGCGCGCCGUAAAGCGGGGCAAGUUCACGGCCGACGCCUGA